GUCCAUUAAAGCCGGAGAUCACCGUCGCCUACGUCGCCGUCUCGCUCAUUUUCUUCAACAGCGGCCUUUCGCUGAAAACAGAGGAGCUGACGAGCGCGCUGCUUCACGUCCGCCUGCACCUCUUCGUCCAGUCGUUCACGCUCAUCUUCUUCCCGCUGGUCAUCUGGCUGCUGCUCCGAGUGCUCGCGCUCACCGCCAUCGACCAAUGGCUGCUCAGAGGGUUACAGACGGUGAGCUGCAUGCCCCCUCCGGUCUCUUCGGCUGUUAUUCUCACCAAGGCUGUCGGAGGCAACGAGGCCGCUGCCAUCUUUAACUCGGCGUUCGGCAGCUUCCUGGGAAUCAUCGUGACUCCGGCGCUGCUGCUGCUGUUUGUGAGUCACACCUGCUCACUUUUCACACACUUUCUGUUCACCUUAUUCACCUUUUCACUGAGAGUCAGAGGAGAAGAUCGACUCUCGUGUCUGUACGGUAAACGUGAAGCGUGAGGCGGUUAG